UAUAAUUUUUUCUUUUUUUAAUUUUUUUAUAUAUCUAGAGUAUUAGUGUCCUUUUACCUAUUAAAUAAAAUAUUUUAGUCAUUUUCUUUUUCGUGGUUUAUUUUUGUGACCAAAAAGUCUGUGAAAAUUGCCCUUAUAGAUUCACGUAUUUUUAUAUUUGUAAUACUACUUGAUAUGAGUGAUGAGAACAAUAUUCAUAAAAUUUCAAGUUAACGAAGUGUGGUGAAGUAACAUUUGCUUAUUAUCAUCUCUAAAAUUUUACUUUGACAAAAAAAAGUCUCCAAAUUUUAGUGGUUUAUAUGUAUGAAUCAUUUAGCCCUUAUUUGGAUCGUAUAUAUUAUAAAUUAUUUAUUAACUGUUUAAGUUUCAUAAACUAGAAAACAAGUUUGGUUCUCUCUCUCAGAAUAAAAACAAGUUUGAUGGAUUAAUGAAGUUUUUCUUGUCAAUGACUAUAAGCCUAUAACUACAGAGUAUAGUUUUAUGAAGACAUACAAUAAAAAUCAACAAAUUAUUCUGUAAUUAUCCUUUUUAGAACCUCAAAAUAUAAUUACGUAACAUGUCCCAGAAAUAAAUAUGGUUGGUAUUAAGUAACAUUCGAUGUAGCCAGACCGAGUCGUAGAAAAACCCAGCUAGCCUUAACCAAUAAAUGCAAUGUCUCUCGGGGCCCAAUAUAACUUAUCCAGUCACAUCUUUAACAAUAUAAUAAAUUUUCACUGAACUUUCAGUGUGUUCAAAAGCUUUUGUAAAUCCCUGUUGAAAUCAUUUGAAUUUUAUAUCAUUAAAACUACUAAAAUUGGGCAAAUCACAAUCGAAUAAUUAAAAUCGAAUUGCUUUUGUAUUCAUUCAACAACAUGCCUAUGUUUUCUUUGCCAUCUUAGAAUAUGUUAUUAUUCUGCAUUAGAAAAUCGGAUAUGAUUCCAGAAAAAAAGUAAUAUUAAUAUAUAUGACAGAAAAGCCUACGACGACUUGGUAAACUGACAAAAGUAAUUUACUCCGACAACGAAAGCCGGCGAAGACCGACGUGUUCUGUAAGAAAUACAUUAGAAAUGACGAAACCGUGUUCCAAAGACCAAACCAAACCAAACCCCCAAAACAAAAAGCUUUAUAAUCUUUCUUCAUUAUCUUUAAAAAAUCAAGAUCAACACCGUUCCUAAUUUUCAUUGAUCCACACCACACGCACCAGCUUUGAGUUGUUAAUCGAUGGAUGAUCUAGCCAAGCAGAUACUGACACGACCGAUUCAACUCGCAGACCAAGUGGUCAAAGCCGGAGACGAAGCCACAAUCAACAAGCAAGAAUGCGCCGAGAUCAAGUCCAAGACGGAGAAGCUCGCCGCUCUCCUCCGCCAAGCAGCGCGUGCGAGCUCCGACCUCUACGAGCGCCCCACGCGCCGUAUCAUCGACGACACUGAGAACGUUCUCCAGAAGGCAUUGACCAUGGUCCAGAGAUGCCGCGACGACGGCUACAUAAUGCGCCUCUUCAACAUCAUCCCCGCCGCGGCAUUCCGGAAAAUGAUCUCUCAGCUGGAAAACUCCGUCGGCGACGUCUCGUGGCUCCUCCGUGUCUCGACUCCCGCCGGUAACGACGACGACGAAGGGGUCGGUUACUUAGGUCUCCCUCCCAUCGCUGCCAACGAGCCGAUCUUGUGUUUGAUCUGGGAGCAAAUCGCGGUUCUGAUGACCGGUUCGCCGGAUGAUAAAGCCGACGCCGCGGCGUCCUUAGCAUCCUUAGCGAAAGACAACCCUAGACACGUGAAGCUAAUCAUAGAGGAAGGUGGAGUCAACCCUCUGUUGAAGCUAGUGAAAGAAGGAAAAAUCGACGGCCAAGAAAACGCGGCGAGGACGAUCGGGCUGUUGGGCCGAGACCCGGAGAGCGUGGAGCAGAUGAUACAAGCUGGUGUUUGUUCAGUGCUCGCGAAUAUUUUAAAAGAAGGUUCGAUGAGGGUCCAAGCCGUUGUGGCUUGGGCCGUUUCUGAGCUUGUCGAUGGGAACCACGCCAAGUGUCAAGAGCUGUUCGCUCAAAAUAACGUUAUCCGCCUUCUCGUGAGCCAUUUAGCGUUUGAGACGGUUCAAGAGCAUAGCAAAUACGCGGUCGUCGCGGGUAGAGCCACGUCGAUGCAUCACGCCGUCGUGAUGGCGAGCAAAACUAAUACUAGUAGUAAAGAGAAUCUCCUCCCCGCGCUGCACGAGGAGGAAGAUAACGAGAUGAAUCCAUUGCCGAAUCAGAUGCAUAGCAUCAUCAAGACCACGAUGGCGAUGAAGUCGGUUAAAUCCGUUACCGGCGACGACGAGAAACCGCCGCCGGAGAAGAGCUACAGCGGAAUCAGCAAGCCGUUCAGCGCGGCGCAUCAGUCGCGAAACGCGUCGGUGACGCGAGGGAGGGAGCUCGAGGAUCCGGCGACGAAGGCCUACAUGAAGGCGAUGGCGGCGAGGGCGCUGUGGAAGCUCGCGGUGGGAAACGCGACGAUCUGCCGAGUCAUCACCGAGUCGAGAGCCUUGCUCUGCUUCGCGGUUCUGCUCGAGCACGGAGACGAGGAGACGAAGUACAACACGGCCAUGGCGAUAAUGGAGAUCACCGCCGUGGCGGAGGAAAACGCCGAUCUGAGAAGAUCCGCGUUCAGACGCACUUCCUCGGCGUGCAAAGCGGUCGUUGACCAGCUGUUCCGAAUCGUUGAAAACGCAGACGCGGGAUCCGAACUGCUCAUCCCCUGCGUUAAGUCCAUCGGGAACUUAGCUCGGACGUUCAAGUCCGCGGAGACGCAUAUGAUCGUGCCUCUGGUGAAACUCCUCGACGACGGAGAGCCGGAGCUAGCGGCGGAGGUGGCAGUUGCGCUAGGGAAGUUCACGACGGAGGAUAACUUCUUACGGAAGGAGCAUUCGAAGACCAUCAUCGACGCAGGAGGAUCGAAGCUGCUCGUGCAGUUAGCGUACUUCGGGGAGAACGGAGCUCAGAUUCCGGCGUUGAUUCUGCUGAGCUACGUGGCGAUGAACGUGCCGGACAGCGAGCAGCUGGCUAAAGACGAAGUGCUGACGGUGUUGGAGAGGGCGUCGAAGCAAGGGAAUGUGAUAGAGGAAGAAGACAUGGAACAUUUGUUGUAUGAAGCUAAGAGUAGACUUGAGCUUUAUCAGUCACGAGGAGCCAGAGGCUUCCAUGUAUGAUUGAAUUGAUUGAUUCAUGAUUGAAUGAAGAAGCUUCGUUUCUGGAUCGCAUUAGAAAAUAUAAUUUUUCACAUUUUAUUCAAAUGAUAUUCUUGUAGAUGACUGUUUUUAAAGAAAAAAACUACCUCCACUACUAUCAAAAAGUUGUAAUAUAACAUUUUCCAGUAUUCAAUUUGUUUUUUUUUUUUGGCUUGGCAUUGAGAAGGCAACAUUUUGCAUCUGAUUAAGUGUUUGUUAUUUUACCAAUAAUUUUUAAUUUUUUUGUAAAUGUCAACUUACCAGUAUUUGUUUUUUUGCAA